CCACCCCCCUCGUGGCGUUAAAUAUACUUCCUUCCUUCCCCCCGUUCCCUCAUCUGGAUUGAUAACGCUGUAGGCCCUUCGACCGAUACCCGACCCCGAUCAUCGGUUCUGGUCCUGAUUUGAAAGUUGAUGCGUUCGUGCUCGAAGAUUCGGCCUUGGAGUUGCGGCAUCACUACUGCUGCCCGAGUGUCGAACAUUGCAAGCUCGAGAAGCAGUUCCUACUGCCUGUCGAGGCGUGCCCACAAAUAUCUCGUACCACCCCCCCCUCUUGUCCUGAUAGUAGCCUCGGGUUCCCCGCAAACACCUGGAAGAACCGUUGCGGCGUCGGCGUCGGCGUCCCUGUCAUGUCGCAUCAGUCCAUAGUUCCCGUCGACGCCUGGGUUGAGGGUGCCGGCAAUACCACUCGACAAUUAGCAUUCGCGCCGCCGAUGGGUUCCGGCUACGCCGCGUCUCAGCAGCCCACCUAUUCCCCGUUCCCUAGUACACCUCGGCACAUACGCCCGCCCAGCCACGGGUCUUCUGCCAUGACGGAGAGUACCCGAUACAGCGCCGGCUUUUCUGCCACUCAAUCGGUUAACAGCGAAUAUACGCAGGUCACCCACGACACCGCCGCCCGCCAAGAGCUUGCUUACCCCAUGCCUAUGUCGGGGCCUGGAACCCCUCUGUUACCGUGCGAGUUCGUGGGACUCGGGGGCUGCGACGAAAAGUUCGGUCUCGAUGAGACGGAGGUCUGGAUCCACCAUAUAACCGCCUUCCACCUGCGUGACCACCUCCCGUCCAAAGUCGACUGCUGGUUCUGCGAUGACUUUCGCUUCAAUGCCCAAAACGUGGGGAACGAUCGCAGCCAGAACUUUCGGCAACGGUUGAUGCACGUCCGCGAGCACAUCCUGACCGAGGGCAUGACGGAGCACGACAUGCGCCCAGACUAUGACUUUGCUAGGCACCUCCACAAGUACAACCUCAUAUCCGAUGAGGUCCUCGCCCACAUCCUGAACUGGCAUGAGCUGCCGUGCCCCCGCUCUCACCUGGACCACAUCCGCCCGCCCGGCUUCGUGCCGCCGGAGCGGGCCAGGGAGCGGGAACGCGCGGUGAUGUUCAUAAUCGACGACGACUGGCUUGCCUUCUUUUACCUUGCCCGCCACGGCAAGGCAACGACGAGUCAGGCUAGCCAUCAUCGUCGCCAUCGAAAGAGGGCGAGGCUCUUCGCCAACUAGGGCUUGUGGUCCUCCAGCCCCAUAUUGUCGACUUCAAUUCCGUCUUCUGCCCCUUGUUCUUUUUUUUUUUUUUCUUCGAGUUGGUCUCGUUGCUCGGGCUGCACUUUUGCGCAAUUCUUUUCUUCUUCGUUUUCUACCCUCGUUGUGGCAAAGGGUCAC